CCCACUAAUUACCAUCUUUCUGUGCAGAUUGAAGUCGGACUGGUUGUUGGAAAUAGUCAAGUUGCAUUUGAAAAAGCAGAAAAUUCAUCGCUCAAUCUUAUUGGCAAAGCUAAAACCAAGGAAAAUCGCCAGUCAAUCAUCAAUCCUGACUGGAACUUUGAGAAAAUGGGAAUCGGCGGUCUGGAUAAGGAGUUUUCAGAUAUUUUCCGACGAGCAUUUGCUUCUCGGGUGUUCCCUCCGGAGAUUGUGGAGCAGAUGGGUGAGUUUCUGACCCAAGGCUGGUGCUCCUGAGGAAGCACACAGCUG